AAAUCAAACCGGGACCGGGUGGCCUCUUGCCCUCUUCCGUUCCGUCUCAUUCUCAUCCCCGACCCCCGCACCGCAGCGUAAACCCUAGUCCCCGGCGGCGACCUUGCGGCCUCCGCUGCGCUCUGACUGGUGCGCGUUUAGACGAGGAGCUGCGGCGGCCAAGACCAAUCGACCAUGGCUACCCGUAUCCAGUUUGAGAACAACUGUGAAAUUGGUGUUUUCUCCAAGCUGACAAAUGCUUACUGUCUGGUAGCGAUUGGAGGGUCAGAGAACUUCUACAGUGCCUUUGAGGCUGAGCUUGCAGAUGCCAUCCCUGUGGUCAAGACCUCUAUUGGUGGCACUAGAAUAAUAGGCCGACUUUGUGUUGGAAACAAGAAUGGACUUCUAUUGCCACAUACUACAACCGACCAAGAGCUUCAGCAUCUGAGGAAUUGCUUGCCUGAUCAAGUGGUGGUUCAGCGCAUUGAUGAGAGGUUAUCUGCCCUUGGCAAUUGCAUAGCCUGCAAUGACCAUGUUGCACUUACGCACCCUGACCUUGACAAGGAGACUGAGGAGUUCAUUGCAGAUGUGCUUGGGGUCGAGGUGUUUAGGCAGACUAUUGCUGGAAAUAUCCUUGUGGGGAGUUACUGCGCCUUCUCUAACAGGGGUGGUUUGGUUCAUCCCCAUACAUCCGUUGAAGACCUUGACGAGCUCUCCACGCUCCUCCAAGUUCCUCUUGUCGCAGGAACUGUGAACAGAGGAAGCGAGGUCAUUGCUGCAGGCAUGACAGUGAACGACUGGACUGCCUUUUGUGGCUCGGACACGACAGCCACCGAGCUCUCAGUCAUCGAAAGCGUCUUCAAGCUGAGAGAAGGGCAGCCCACUGCGAUUGUGGAGGACAUGAGGAAGUCUCUGAUAGACAGUUACGUGUAACUGGGGGGCCAGCAGAUGUGGGUCAGAGUUUGCCUUUGCUAAAAGAUGUAUUGCAAGCUAUAGUCGAAUUAUCAGUAGCACAACAUAACCCUCUGAUAUGUUCGUGGUUUAUCCGUGGUUUCUGAAUUGUAGACUUCUGCGUUGAAGCUCGUGCUACUGUUUGUUUUCCA